AUGCCUGCUUCCUGGCAAGAAAUAGUCGCAGACAAGCGUAAACGUCAACAAGAUACCAUCCCUAAAGAAUGGAUCGUUACGCUCCCCGCGGAGGACGUUCUCGAUGUCACGAACUUCCCGAUUGAGUGUGGGUUACUGACGGAGAAGGAAAUCGAGAUCACGGAGCUCACAGAUAUUGUUGCGUUGCUGAAGAAGCUUGCGGAAGGAGAGUGGACGUCUGUGGAGGUCACGACGGCGUACUCCAAGAGAGCUAUUGUUGCGCAUCAAGUGACCAACUGCCUGACUGAAAUCUUUGUCGACAAAGCACUUGCUCGUGCCAAAUGGCUCGAUGAACAGCUCAAGACGACGGGCAAAGUCGUGGGUCCAUUGCAUGGUUUGCCGAUUUCCCUGAAGGAUCAGAUCGCACUCGAAGGUCUCGAGACUAUUAUGGGCUAUGUCUCUUGGGUCGGAAAGCCCGCUGCAAAGAACGCCGUCGUCGCUGAUAUCCUCUACGAGUGUGGCGCCGUACCGUAUGUUCGCACGAAUGUGCCACAAACGCUGAUGUGGUCAGAGACGUACAACACAGUGUUUGGACGUACGGUCAAUCCACGAAACCGCACCCUCACAUGCGGCGGCUCCUCCGGUGGAGAAGGCGCCCUCAUCGCCAUGAAAGGUAGUAUCCUUGGUGUGGGUUCUGACAUCGGAGGUUCCGUCCGUAUUCCUGCCGCCAUGAACGGCCUUUACGGUCUUCGCCCAUCCUACCACCGUAUCCCCUACGCCGGUGCCGUCAACUCCCUCGAAGGCCAAGACUCCCUCCCCUCUGUUCUAGGACCUCUCUCACCGUCCUUGGCUGGCGUCAAACUCUUCAUGGAGGCCGUCAUAUCCAAGCAACCGUGGUUCAAGGACCCGCUCGUCAUCCACAAACCCUGGAAUGAGGAGGAAUACAAAUUAGCCGAGCAUGGAGGCGGUAAGAAGUUGUGCUUUGGGAUUUUGUGGGAUGACGGUGUGUUGUUGCCACAUCCGCCUGUCAUCCGGGCUUUGGAGAUGACGAAGAAGGCAUUGCUGGAUGCGGGACACGAUGUCGUGGACUGGAAACCUCACAAACAUCAGGAACUCUAUGAUAGUAUCCUCGAUAUUUGGACUGCAGCGGGCGUCGACGACUACGAGGCCGUCACCAAACUCACUGGCGAGCCCCUGCUACAAUCGAUGGCUCCAGACGCUCCUCUCGACGCCAAAGCGCUUUACCACGACAGCAAGACUAAGACCGUCUACGAGUUAUUCCAGAUCCAGAAGAAGAGGCGGGAUUUGAGGCAGGAGUAUCUCGAGUUGUGGCGAGGAAGCGUGAAGGAUACGACAACUGGAAGGCCUGUAGAUGCGAUCAUUUCACCAGUCGCCCCGUGGGCGCCACCGCCGCAUGGGAAGAAUUCCUCGGCACAAUACACCAUGAUCUGGAACUGCCUCGAUUAUCCCGCAUGCACCUUUCCCGUAACAACCGUCGACGAGACGCUGGACAAGCCCAAGCCAGCGCACAAUUUCUAUAACGAGAGGGACCAGCAAUGCUACGAGCUCUACGACUCCCCAACGACGUUCAAGAACGCGCCUGUGUCAUUGCAGUUGGUGGGUCACACAUUGGAGGAAGAGGCAGUGGUCGGGAUGACCGAAGUCGUGGACGCCGCGUUGAAGGCGCAGAGCAAGGCGUAG